AUGAAAGACGAGGCGAACAAGUACUUUAAAGAUCAGAGCUACGAUGCAGCGAUCGAGCUCUACUCAAGAGCGAUCGAUGCCCAUCCCACAGCUGUUCUCUAUGGAAAUCGCUCUAUGGCCUACUUGAAAAAAGCUUAUGUGAAGGGAUACUAUCGACGAGCGACUGCAAAUAUGGCGCUAGGACGAUUCAAGAAAGCUCUCAAGGAUUACGAGGCUGUUGUUAAGGCCUGCCCAAAAGAUGCGGAUGCUAUCCAGAAACGCUCGGAAUGCUCAAAGAUUGUCAAGAGAAUCGCUUUCGAGAAUGCGAUCUCGUGCGAUCACGACAAGAAGAGCAUCACCGAAUCAAUAAACGUCGAUUCGAUGGAAGUAGAAAACUCCUACACCGGUCCCAAACUCGAUUCGGCGAUCACAAAAGAGUUCAUGGUGGAUCUCAUUAAGACUUUCAAAGACCAAGGCUCUUUGCAUAGGAAAUACGCUUACAAGAUUCUUCUUGACAUUUAUGCUUACUUCAAAGAUCAACCGUCGAUGAUCGAAAUUACGGUUCCAGAUAAGAAAAAGUUUACGAUUUGUGGUGAUGUGCACGGGCAAUUCUACGAUCUUUGCAAUAUUUUUGAGAUUAACGGGUUACCAAGCGAGGAAAAUCCUUAUUUAUUCAAUGGUGAUUUCGUGGAUCGGGGUUCUUUCUCGGUGGAGACGAUCUUCACGCUUUUUGGCUUCAAGCUUCUCUACCCUAAUCAUUUCUUCAUGUCCAGAGGAAAUCACGAAAGUGACACGAUGAACAAAAUGUACGGUUUCGAGGGCGAAGUGAAAAAGAAGUUCAACCCACAGAUGGCCGAGCUCUUCACCGAACUUUUCUGCCAUCUCCCGCUUUGCCACUUGAUUAGUGGAAAAGUUUUUGUUUGUCAUGGCGGUCUUUUCAAGGAGGACGGUGUCACUUUGGAGGAUAUCCGCAAAACGGAUCGAGUUCGACAACCGCCCGAGGAGGGAAUCAUGUGUGAUUUGCUGUGGUCCGACCCUCAACCGAUCAAUGGCCGGUGUCCCUCGAAGCGUGGAGUCGGCUGCCAAUUUGGACCCGACAUCAGCAAAAGAUUCUGUGAUACAAAUGGCAUUCAAUAUGUUGUACGAUCACAUGAGGUCAAGCCGGAGGGAUGGGAGAAACACCAUGACGGACGAGUGUACACCGUGUUCUCGGCUCCGAAUUACUGCGAUCAGAUGGGGAACAAGGGCGCGUUCUUGACGAUCCAGGGUCCCGACUUCACUCCCCGUUUCACUUCAUUCGAUUCGCAAUUCUUGACGAUUUCCGCUUUUGAUCUCGCGGUAACACUCGAUCCGGCGAUUCCUACUGUACCACCAACUGCCCAUGAGAACCCGGACACAUGCAUCGGGCAUUGUGCUCUCGCUUUUGUUGAAUUAAUCGGUGGCCAACUUGGACCUGAUAGAGCCGUCUCUCUGCUCCAACUCAAUUACAACGAUUUUCUUCGCGCUUUCAGCAACACAACCUUUUUUGAGAUGUUUUCAAUCGGUGAGAAAUUCCCGUGUCUUUCUUCAAUUCGUCCAUCUGAUCAAUGCCUUAAAACUUGCACUUCACAUCACGAUGCUGUCACUUCACUAAUUGGAAAUUUUAGACAUUUGGCUCUUAAUGGAGACACGUCACAAGCUGAGCGAUAUCUUGAGGAAAGUUGCGAAUAUGUCAUCUGUUCCCUGCACUGCGAUGUGCCCACAAUAGCGCAUGACUGUGAUUUCGAGACGGCGAAUUUGGUAAUCAACUUGACGAGACGAAGCUUUGAGUCGAUGCAGAGCCUUGCACUCGACAUGGGCACACUCAAAAAAUGGCCAAAAAUGUGCGAGGAUAUUUCAACGUAUCGUCUACCACAGCCAAGUAUCGCUCCGAAAUUCGAUGGGAAUUCGUUGAUUGCUGAAGCGGCACCCGUUUUUCCAACAACCAAACCACCACAAUCGGCUCGACAAUCGGCUCAACAAUCAGCUUCACAAUCGGCUUCACAAUCAGCUUCACAAUCGGCUCCGAUAAUUGAAAAUUCGAAAGGAAAAAUUUCGAUCAUAAUCAUUUUAACUAUUUUAAUUGUUCUUUUCUUAUAU